AUGGUCCACGCCCGAUUCGCGGCUUACGUCGUGUCUCGAGCGCUUUCGUCGGCGCUGAGGUCACCUUCGACGCGGUCGCGCGGCACUUUAAAUACCGCGCGCACCGCUGUCUCUCGAAUGAAGCCCGAGAGUGACAAGGCGGCGGCGGCGGCUGUGGAGAAACAGAGGAGGAGAAGGAGUAGGGGAGAGGAGGAACAGAGGAGUGGCGGCUCAGGCGAGGUACGGUACUUGGGGGUGAGGAAGAGGCAGUGGGGGAAGUGGGUGUCGGAGAUCCGCCUCCCGCGGAGCCGGGAGAGGAUAUGGCUCGGUUCUUACGACGCGCCGGAGAAGGCCGCACGGGCCUUCGACGCGGCCGCGUUCUGCCUCCGCGGCGCAGCCGCGCGCCUCAACUUCCCCGACCAGCUCCCGGCAGAAUUCACGACGGCGGCCGCGUCGCACGAGCAAAUCCAAGCCGCGGCGGCACGGCACGCCAGUAAUCAGCCCCCGCCGGUGAUGGAAGAGACCUCGCCGGCUUCGCCGGUGCUUGUAGGCGAAGAAUUCUCUUUUGCGCACGACGACUUCUGGUGCGAAUUAUAUCCGGUGGCGGCGGGGAACCAAUGCCGUGAGCGGCCGGCGGCGGCAGUGGCGGAGGACCUGGAGGCGACGCCGGAUAACCAGGAGAAGCCCGCGACGGAGAAGUCAAUGGAAGUACGCAAUGAUUUUUACCCUUUCGCCUACGAGAACUUCUUCUCCGAUGAGUUUUUUCCGGUGGCGGCGGGGAACCAAUGCCGUGAGCGGCCGGCGGCGGCAGUGGCUGAGGACCUGGAGGGGACGCCGGAUAACCAGGAGAAGCCGGCGCCGGAGAAGUCAAUGGAAGUGCGCGAUGAUUUUUACCCUAUCGCGUGCGAGGACUUCUUCUCCGAUGAGCUUUUUCCGUUGCCGCCGCCACCGCCGCCGGCAGCGGCGGAUUGCUACGAGGAUCGGAUUGAGAUCUUUGAUGAAUUCCCAACUCUCUGGAGCUUCUAG